GAGAGUGAGAGUCAAGAAUCCAGAGAGAAUCUUGUGGUGGAAAUAGUAUAGUUUUAAGAGAAGGGAGACAUGCCCAAUUUCAUCCCAACAGUUAUGCUUCUUGUUCCUCCAAGUAUUGGCACCAGAUCCUAAAGCUAAAAAUGAAUCCUUAAAGGUCUUUGGUUAUGCAUCUGGCUUCAGCUACUUCCUAAUCUAAUGGCUAAUAUGCAAGAGCACCAUUUCUCCCAAGCAAUAUCCAAAAACCUCAAUUUUGAAGUGGAACCUCAUCCCCAACGAGGCCAGGAACUGAAGUACAUCGACUUUCAACUACAGGAUCAACACUCUUCCUCGACUGAAUCAACCAGUUUUUCACGCAAGGAGUUCACCGCCAUGGGGAAGGCUAGUCCCCAAGAUCAGUGUGCUUCUUCUGACUCCGUUCACGAUGAGAGCUAUGGUAAGCACGGACAAGAAAUGAAGGGGGGUUUGUUCCUUGGCCAUCCCGAGCUCUCCAUCAACACGCCACACGCUGAGAUGACCCAACCGAUUGUGCAGUUCCCGUAUGCCUACACCGACCCCUACUUCACCGGAAUGUUUACGCCCUAUGGCCCCCAUAACAUCAUGAUGGCCGAUGCUGCUGCCUCCGGGCGCGUUCCGCUCCCCGGUGAUAUUCCCGAGGACGGCCCGAAAUACGUCAAUGCGAAACAGUACCAUGGUAUACUUAGGAGGAGACAGACUCGAGCUAAGCUGGAGGCACAAAACAAACUCGUCAAAACACGCAAACCGUAUCUGCACGAGUCUCGUCAUCAGCACGCGCUGAAUAGAGUGAGGGGAACCGGGGGUCGGUUUCUGAGCACCAAGAAGCAGCAGGCGGAGGGCAGUGCUGGCGCGGACGCGUUCCAUUUCGGGUACGGGGAAGGUGCCGAUGGGGCCGGUGGCGACACUAUGUUGCAGCAGUCUGAUGGCAGGUUUACGAACAUGGCGUACAAUGGGAACCGUCGCUAUGCUUCGAUAGUCCGGUGAGGUGUGGCGGAAGGCGCCGCUCCCGACCGGCUGGGCAAUUCAUCCUUGGCUUUGUUACUAUUGAGGUUUAUCCUCUGCUAUUCUCCUACAGAAUGUGAGCUUUGUACUAAUAUUCUCUGCCUAAUACAUUAAAUCCUACACACAUUUGGAUCUUUUUGAACUUAAACUCCAAACACUCUCUUUCUAAGCUUUGAGGUUGUGCUGUUGUGCUUCCUUUUCAUCUCUCUUUA